GGGGAAAAGCGGGGGCUACCCGGGGCCAGCCACCGCUCACCGAGCUUGACCUGGUGCCUGGCUCCCGUGCGCGUCUGCUUGCGUCUCCCCUCAUUCCUCCCAACAUCCUUCUUUGUCGUCAGUGUGUUUCCGUCAAUUAAGCUCAUCAGAUAAGAGUCUCCCGGCCGCUUAUUGCGUUACCGGACCUCAGCCAGAUCUGCAAAACCUACGUGCCUUUUCUCCUUGCUUUCUGCAAAUGUCUUCUCCUCAGGUUGAGCGCCAGCGGUUGCCGCUGGAACUCAUCCUGAAUAUCAUCGAGAGUCUUCUCCCACCGAAUGAAUCGUCAAUCUUGCCUGCGUCCCAUAGUGCAACAAAAGCCCUGAUAUCCUUCAGUCGCGUCUCCCGCUCAACAUACGAUUUCAGUACCCGACUCCUCCGCAAGCGAUGCAUGCACAUCGACUCGACAAGCCGCCUGAGCUUGCUUCUGCUGAGUCUCUUCUCGCCGUCGCCUAGAAAUCUCCCGCAGACCUUAUCGCUCAAAUGCAUCACUUCACUCUACCUCAGUCCAUUUGGAAAGUCGCUCGAUGAUAAACCGACGGCCAUGUGGGUGCGCGAGCUCUUUUGCGAGGUUUGCGACACCCUCAAGCGCCUUAUCGUCGACAUGCCAUUUGGGACAUUGUCAGGAUACGACGACCACCUCGAUGUCAGGCCGACUCUGACUGACGGGUUCCAGCGGCUAUCCAAGCUGGAAGAGCUCAUUUGUUUACGGGACUAUCCGGCUCUUACUUUCAUGCAACAGACUUUUACCGUCAACUGCUGGAGCUUGUGGCCCAACCUGAGGCGCGUCGUAUUAUUCAAUGCACCCAUGUCGAGCCACUGGCUCUGGUAUGAUAUAGCGAACACAGCCCAGCUCGAGCAGGUUGUACUUGCGCGACCACUGGUUCCCCCACGGAUCAAUGUCAAGGACGACUACUACCAUAUGCUGAACAGCUAUGACCACUUGACGCCCCGGAAGAUCAAGAUUGUGCUUGCCGAUGUGGAAAGCGACUUGCCGGAAAUAGAGACGACAAGAUGGGACGAGUACGACCCCGAGGGACUGCUAGCCAUCGAAAAAUACGACAUUCCAACGUCGUUCUAUGGGGAUGAGAAUGCGACUGAUUUGUGCUGCGACUGGGUCAAGAUGGCAGCCCUGAACGGGUCGAUUUGGGACUGGAAAAGUCACCCAGUGGAUAGUCCACCAGUAGAUGCGGUGCAGUAGCAGCUCGAUGCGGUGACCGCGAGGACGAAGUGUUCACAAUCUCUUCUCGCUUUUCUCCGGUCGUCGGACGAAGAUCCGCGAUACCCUGAGUAGCCACCACUUAUGAUCUCAAUGCCAUUUUGUCUUGGGAUGCGGCCAGACAGCUUGCUGCAAGCUGGAUCCAAGCUGCAAUGUCUCGGGUGUAUUGGGGAGGCAAAGCCUGGGGAACCGGGGUCGGAGCCUGGGGUUAGCAACAUCAAUUUCCCCAGAAA